AUGAGACUUCCAGUCAGUACAUUUACAAGAAGAGCAUUCCGCAACAGCAGAGCUCCUGCUGUUAUUUCCCGUGCAUGCGUCUCAACACUUCACGCCAAGAUAAACAGCCCACCACCACGAAUCGUCAAAAGCCAAGGACUAUGGCUAGAAACACAUGAAGGACACAAAAUUCUCGAUGCAUCUUCAGGUGCAGCUGUCGUAGCCAUCGGACACAAUGAUUCAAGAGUUAAACAAGCUAUCGCUGCUCAACUGGACCAAGUAGCGUAUUGCUAUAACCCUUUCUUCACCACUGAAGCGGCGGAGAAGAUAUGUCGUUUUCUAACAGAUUCUACUGAUGGGCAUAUGUUGAAGGUGUUUGUUGUCAGUUCAGGUACCGAGGCUGUGGAAGCAGCUUUGAAAAUCGCACGGCAGUACUUUACGGAAUUAUCGACGCCACAACCGAAUCGGACAAAGUUCAUCGCACGUAAGCAAUCAUAUCAUGGAAACACGCUAGGCUCCCUGGCUGUAGGAGGGCAUAAAGCUCGACGAGGUGUCUACGAACCUAUCCUCGCUACGAAUGUUUCUCACGUUUCCCCAUGUUAUCCUUAUCGGGAGAUGAAGCAGGGAGAGACAGAACAACAAUAUGUCGAUCGUCUGGCCAAAGAGCUAGAGGAUGAGUUUCAGCGUCUGGGACCUGAUACUGUGUGUGCCUUUAUUGCGGAAACAGUUUCUGGCACAAAGUCACUGGGUUGUGCGCCGCCAGUCCCCGGGUAUUUCAAAGCCAUGCGAGAAGUCUGCGACCGCCACGGCGCCCUUUUGAUCAUGGAUGAAGUCAUGUCCGGCAUGGGCAGAACAGGCACGCUUCAUGCUUGGGAGCAAGAAGGCGUUGUUCCAGAUCUACAGACCGUCGCCAAAGGUCUCGGAGCCGGAUAUAUGCCUGUUGGCGCUUUGCUAGUCGGGAACAAAGUGGCAGAUACUCUAACACAAGGAUCUGGUGCUUUCUCACACAGUCAGACGUAUCAGGGCCAUCCUGUUGCGUGUGCUGCUGCAUUUGCUGUUCAGACUGCCAUGAAAGAGGACAACAUGCUGCAAAAUGUACAGAAGAUGGGCAAGGUCUUAAGUGAGAAGCUGAAAGAGAGACUGGCGGGACAUAAGAAUGUUGGUGAUAUCAGAGGAAGAGGUCUUUACUGGGGUAUGGAGUUUGUGCAAGACAAGCACACCAAAAAACCAUUUCCACUGAGCGAACAAAUCGCCGGAAAACUGCACAAGACAGGCUUGAGUGCCGACCACGGUGUUUCGCUUAUCCCAGCCACUGGAAACAUUGACGGUAUAAGAGGUGACAUGGUCAUCGUCUCACCACCCUUCGCAAUCACAAGAGAAGAAGUCGACAUGAUAGUGGACAGGGUAGAGAAGGUUAUCACAUCUGUACUUGGAUCUUAG